AUGCCCGAAUACAAUGAUAGUAAUCGUGCCUUUCUCCAGGCAUUCAUGGCACGCUCGACUAUGACCUUUGAAGAAGCGCAACCCAUCCUGGCUGCGAUAUUAACAGUAUCUGAAGGGCGAACAGUGGAACCUGACGAGGUUGGAGAAGAUCAGUUCUCUGACUUUGUCUCAGCCGCCAACACCGCCGUGUCACCCUUCGACCUCGAGAUUAGAAGCUCUUUGCCACAGAUCCUUCUCCCAGCCCAGCAAGAUGCCACAAUCACACCACUGAAGCGAGUGUAUGCGCUUGUGAAUACUACAAGUGAUGCUUUGACACAGCUCGCGACCACUUAUUCUCCGGACGAGAUCGCAUUUCUCAAGCGCUUGCUUGACUACAUGUUUGUCACAAAUAAUACACGGGUGUGCGAAGCAAUGGUAGCUUCGCAGAUGCAAGCUGUCCAACUCCAUAAGGCUCCGUCUAGCGAACGACAAUACACGAGCAAUGAUUCAACACAGACGCAAACCGCAGCGGUACAGUCAUUGCGUAUGACCCAAGCAGAAACCAUGAUUAUUCACUUGAUCGAAGAAGGCUGGUUGCAGAAGAGCGCGAAGGGCUACCUCAGCCUCACACCACGAGCGCUGAUGGAGCUGAGGGGCUGGCUAGCCUUAACGUAUAAUGACGAGGGUCCCGAUGGCCAAGUUGUGUAUCGGAUCAAAUCUUGUGCUGCUUGCAAAGAUAUUAUCACCGUGGGCCAACGCUGCGAAGACCAUGCAUGCAAAGGUCGACUUCAUGACCAUUGCAUGCGCAACUUCUUCCGCAUGCAACAAGCAGAGAAAUGCCCCGUGUGCAAAAAGGAGUGGCCCGGCGAUAACUUCGUGGGUGAGAGAGCGCUCACUGUGAACUCGAGACUAAGCAACGCUGUUCCGCCUGUUCCACAGCAGAGGGAGUCCUCGCCUGCUGCGCCUAGUGCUCUUGGCGAAAUUUCUGAUGACGAAAAUGACAUCGAUGAAGUACAAGCUUGA